AUGGCACGGAGCGGUGGUCUACUCGUACCCACCCCGUGCUCCGCUUCCGCCUCGUCAUCUCAUUUCCAGAGAGAGGGAGAGAGAGGGUUCGAGAGUCUUCCAGAGAGCGGAUCCAUCCAGAGAGUGCUAGGGUUUUCUCUCCGGGCGGCGGCGAUGUCGAUGGCGGCGGCGGCGAGGGCGGCGGCGCGGGCCCCGGGCAGGGCGGCGGCGCGGUUCGUGCAGACCAGGCUCCGCUCCUCCGGCAAGGUGCUCAGCGAGGAGGAGAGGGCCGCCGAGAACGUCUACAUCAAGAAAAUGGAGCAAGAGAAGCGGGAGAAGCUCGCACGCAAGCAGGGUCCCAGCACUGGAGAGCAAGCUCCGUCCACCCCAAGCGCUGGAGCGGGUGACGUGAACACCGCAGGCGCCGGUUCAACCACGUCGGCAUCCGCAGCAGGCACGUCGACCGACAAGAACAGGAACUACGCCGUGCUGGCUGGCACCCUGGCCGGCCUGAGCGCCCUGGGCUGGUACCUCCUGUCGAAGCCCAAGAAGACGGAGGAGGUCGUCGACUGA